AUGGAUAUUCUCACGCGCCUGAUUGCAGGCUCCGGCACGUCGCCGACGAAACAAAAAACCAACACCCCAGCUGAGCGCCUUGCUACCUGCAAAAGCAUCUGCAAUGCACUUACUCAAGCCUGGCGAGGGGGUGCGGUUGAGCGCGAGGAGGAGUCGGCCUUGACCUAUACCGCGAAACUCCUUCAACGUCUCGAGAACAUCCUCCACGACGAGUCCCGCCGAGCUGCACCGCAUUCCUGUCUGCGUUAUGUCGCCUCGAGCCAGGCCUAUAUUAUCAUCACGAAACUAGCCGUGUCCUCUCGAAACACCGAGAUCAUCAAGCUUUCCGCCCAGCUGUUCCACAUUCUAAUCAAUGGCGAGGCUGAGGGUUUACUAGAUAGCAAGUUGUUCACUAGGUCGCUACUAGACCUUGUUUGCUACGCUACAAUAGGAGGGCAAGUCAUCGUUGAGGAACGAUUAGAAACAGACUUGGUUGAACUGCUUUUCGAGAUCGCCACAAAGAUCAGGUUGGACCCCGAUAUUCUUCCAGCUUGGUUCUACCCAGAUCGAGAAAAUACCCGUGGCCGAAAUGGCAUUGACGAGACUAGGAGAAGUCAAUUUCCGUUGUUCUUCGUCCUGGUGCAGUAUGUUCACCACGAUGGCCCAGUGGGCGAUUUCGCACGGACGGCACUACUCUACCUCACUGAGACUGCUUCUAGAUUCAAACCCCUGGAGACAUGGAUGAUCGAAAGCGAUCUGGCACCACAAAUGGCUAGUGGCCUUGGUGCUCUGUACAGUAGGCUGAGCAGACAGUCGACAUCAUUAGCUGCCCGGUCUUCGAAGCUUGCUAUCGUCACUCUAUCCGAUUAUUCAGAGACAGUAGAUUCGCUGGCCGAAUCACCACGAGACUCUCCACAAGCCGUCAAAGCCUUUUUCUCAUAUCUGGCGUUCUGGCAAGACACGCUCAAUCACUGCAAAUCACUCGAGGUUAGCGACACCUUACUAGACCACUUCCAAGUGUUGUUUGUGCAACAACUCCUGUAUCCCUCACUGCUGGAGUCAUCUGAUGUUGAAGGGGGCUCGACAGCUGCAGUUAUUACCCAUUUGUCUCGCAUGCUUCUGGCAGUAGACCACUAUCAGCUCAUUGACCGAAUGUUGGGAUAUCUCCUAGCAUCACCACAUACCCCGAGAGUCUCCAGGGACAAAUCUCAUCGACGACAGCGCAUGUCUGUCAGCCGCAGUAAAUCUAUCGAACAGUUGAAGGCGCUUUCUGAGACUGCUGAUAGCCCUUCUCCGAAUCUAUUCAACUUGCUGGAUUUGCUGGUGAUGAGCUUAAAGUCUAGUCACUCGGAGACAGUCAACGCUUGCCUCAAACUAUUGUCGGUUAUCAUCGGCAAACACCACUGUCACGUACCACUGAUCCUCUUCAGAACUGAGGUCGCAUCUACUCAGUCAGUGCGAAGUGGGGUGGAUGCGUUGAACGCCUACCUACACAAACUGUUUGAGUAUUCUGGAGCGGUUGGCAAAGAUCAUUUAGACAAUGAGCUAGACCAAUCUUACCAGGAUGCCUUGCAGGAUUGCCAGGUCCUGCUCGAGCAACAUAGUUGUUUCGUCACUGCCCCAGCAGAUGCUGAUUUGGUCAAUGGAAACAGCAUGACUAUUGCGCCAGAAUGCAAACUAUUCGAGGCACUUACACAGCUCCUGCGAAACUUCUUUGCAAAUGAUUCUGUCACGAACUUAUAUCUCACCGAAGCCUUGGUCGCCUUGACUGCUUGCGAGUAUAUGGACCUUCAAGGUUGGUUGCUACCUGGAGCCCAAGGCCGUCUAGAGGAGCACUCUGCGUACAACAUCACUUUCAUUCUAAGUGAGCUUGCAGACCAAGCCACGCAGUGGAAAUCCCAGUUUCCUCAAUGGGAUGAACUGAUGUCUUUACGAAGACACGAACUAUCAGAAGAUGCACCAGAACAACCAGCAAAUCCAAGAACCUCAUCUGGGCAGACUGCUGGGUCCACGAUGAGAACAAGAAGUAUCUCGCCGCCUAAGGCACAGUCGAGACCGGCUACUCCUAGAGGGAGACCGAUCCCACCAACCGAAUUUGGCUCUAUAGACAGUAAGCUAUCAGGGUCUGGCAGUCAUCGAGCAGAUCUGGCCGAACGUGCUCUGGGUCGGUCGCCUCUUCGCCAAGCGCUGCCAACAGAUGGAACCGACGGCUUAACGGCAGCCCCUGAAGCGGCCCGGCCCAUAACGCCCUCCACUACAUCGCUGCUCCGAACCCAAGUUGAUAUUUACAACACCAAGACGCCUACGGAAGCAACAGCGUCUCUGCCGGUUCAUGCAGGCAGGAAGCAGGACCCUGAGGCUGAUGCCCUACCGUUUCGCCCGUCCCUAACUCAAGCUCACGAUUCGGGCACCGCCACCCCAAUCAGUCGGGAUGACAGUGAACCUCGACAUCAAGCCACCCUUAAUCAUAUACUGACGAAUGCUGUGAUUCUGCAGGAAUUCAUCCUCGAGAUCGCAGCCAUAGUACAACUGCGGGCAACGUUCUUUGACGAAAUUUCCUUCUAG